AUGCAUUCAACAGAAAAGGAGGACAUUCGAGCAGGUUGCAGUACAGCUGCAAAUGAUCUUGUGUACAUCAUUGAUGGUUCCUGGAGUGUGGGCUACAGGGACUUUGAUACUGCCAAGCGCUGGCUUAUCAACAUCACCAGCGGCUUUGAUGUAGGCACCCAUUACUCCCAGGUGGCUGUAGUGCAGUACAGUGACACUCCUCGGCUAGAGAUCCCACUUGGUGCUCAUCAAAGUGCCAAAGAGCUCAUUGAAGCUAUCCAGGCUAUCCGUUACAUGGGAGGCAACACAAAGACAGGGCGUGCCAUCAAGUUUGCAGUUGAUCACGUGUUUGCUUUCUCACAGCGCAGCGACACCAGUAGGAAUCGCAUUGCCGUAGUUGUGACUGAUGGGAAAUCUCAGGAUGAUGUGGUGGAUGCUAGUGUAGAGGCUCGAGCACAGGGAAUCACUGUAUUUGCAGUGGGAGUGGGGUCAGAGAUCACCACCUCGGAGCUGGUUGCAAUCGCUAACAUGCCGUCCAGCUUCUACGUGCUGUAUACACAGGACUACACCACCAUCGAUCGCAUCCGAGACUCCAUGGAGCAGAAACUUUGUGAAGAAUCUGUUUGUCCCACACGUAUCCCUGUGGCCUCUCGGGAUGAGAAGGGCUUUGAGCUGAUACUUGGGAUGAAAAUCCAUCAGAAAGCCAAGAAGCUACAAGGCUCUUUGCUGUCAGAGACAGCCUAUUUCCUGGACAAAGGGGUGGACAUUACUGAAGAGACAAGAGAGAUAUUUCCAGAGGGUCUUCCUCCGUCCUAUGUGUUUGUGGCCACUCUGCAGCUGAAAGGCACUACAAGCAGAGAGAAGUUUGACCUGUGGAGGGUACUUUCUAAAGAUCAAGAAGUCCAAGUGGCUGUGACGCUACAUGGACAAGAGGAUUCUGUCACCUUUACCACCACAAACUUGGCAAGUGGGGUACAAGUGGUCACUUUUAAUGCACAAGGCCUUCAGAGACUAUUUGAUCAACGCUGGCACCAGCUGAAGAUUCUUGUCAGGCAAAGGCAUGCCAUCUGUUUUGUCGAUGACCAGGUGAUCCAGGAAGUGGAUCUGGAGCCAGUUGUGCCCAUUUUCAUCAAUGGGAAAACUCAGAUUGCCAAACAUUACAACUCUGAAGCUACGAUUCCUUUGGCAAUCCAAAAACUGAGGCUGUAUUGUGAUCCAAUGCAAAGUGAAAGAGAAACAGCAUGUGAGAUUUAUUCUGUGGAUGAUGAAAGGUGUCCCACAAACCGAGAGGCACCUGAAGAAAAGGAAGAGUGUGACUGCAGUCAGGGGAACCCUGGACCAUCCGGACCACCUGGGCCAAAGGGUGAAAAAGGAGAAAAUGGACUUCCUGGUCGUGAUGGUAAGCCUGGUAUCAAAGGUGAGCGAGGAAUGCCUGGGGAGCCAGGUGCAUUGGGGCAAAAGGGUAAAGCUGGUUUACAUGGACCCAAAGGUGACUCAGGAGUAAAGGGCUCCAAAGGUGAGCGAGGACAGCGAGGGCUGCCUGGAAAACAAGGACCACCAGGACCCAAGCGACCUCGGGGUGACAAAGGUGAACAAGGACCCCCUGGUGAGCCUGGGCCAAAGGGGGAACCGGGCCUCCCUGGGAAUGAAGGACCCGCUGGCACAAUUGGAUCAAAGGGUGAUAAGGGAGAUGAAGGACAGCCUGGCAGAGAUGGAAUACAAGGUGUACCAGGUAUUCGUGGACUUCCUGGGGAGGUGGGGCCAACUGGACCUCAGGGGGCUAGAGGAUCACCUGGACAGAAAGGAUCUGCUGGACCUAAAGGACUUCCAGGCAUCCAGGGACCACCAGGUUCCUCUGGAGCAGAUGGACAAAUUGGCCCUAAGGGAAGUCCUGGACAACAGGGAUUGCCUGGUCAUCUGGGUGUGCCAGGCCAAAAGGGCUCACAGGGAGAACCAGGUUUUCCAGGUUUACAAGGUGCUGAAGGUCUUCCUGGCUUUAAAGGACAUAAGGGGGAUAUGGGAGAACCUGGUCCAAAGGGUGUUCAGGGUGAAAGAGGACAUGAGGGAGCACCUGGUGUGCCUGGGCCACAGGGUGAAGUUGGACUCAAGGGAAGCAAAGGAGAGAGAGGUAGUCCAGGAGAUCCUGGAGCUAGAGGUCCUGAUGGGAAGAAAGGAGACAUGGGACACACAGGAGUAGUUGGACCACGUGGUUCUCCAGGACAGGAUGGGUCACCAGGGCAUCCUGGUCUUCCAGGAUAUCCGGGCAAACCUGGGAAGUCUCCUUCUGAUGAACAAUUAAAAAAGCUCUGUGGAGAUGUAUUAAGACAGGAGCUCUCCCAGCUGAUGCAAACGAUGAUUCCUCAGAGCUGUGAGCCUUGUGAGAUGGUGAAAGGCCCCCCAGGUCCACCUGGAGCUCAAGGUCCUAAAGGCUCCACUGGGCCACAGGGAUAUCCAGGCAGGCCAGGCUCUCAGGGUUACCCAGGCUCACCUGGCUUACAGGGGCCCCCAGGGGUCAAAGGGGACAUGGGACCAAGGGGCUUGAAGGGCAACAAAGGGGAAGGUAGGCCAGGACAACCUGGACUGCCUGGAGAAAGAGGGAUCCCGGGCCUGCAUGGCACUGAUGGAAUUGGAUUACCUGGUCCUCCUGGAACACCGGGCAAAUCUGGCUCUCCAGGACUUCCAGGCAAGCGAGGUGCCCCAGGGCCAGCUGGAGUGUGUGAUAUGUCCAUCUGCUAUCCGGCCUACAACCUCAGGGAAGAACACUAUAGCAAAGGCCCGAACUUCUGA